UCUUCAUAUUCAUCUUCAUCUUCAUCUUCAUCUUCAUCUUCAUCUUCAUCUUCAUCUUCAUCUUCAUCUUCAUCUUCAUCUUCAUCUUCAUCUUCAUCUUCAUCUUCAUCUUCAUCUUCAUCUUCAUCUUCAUCUUCAUCUUCAUCUUCAUCUUCAUCUUCAUCUUCAUCUUCAUCUUCAUCUUCAUCUUCAUCUUCAUCUUCAUCUUCAUCUUCAUCUUCAUCUUCAUCUUCAUCUUCAUCUUCAUCUUCAUCUUCAUCUUCAUCUUCAUCUUCAUCUUCAUCUUCAUCUUCAUCUUCAUCUUCAUCUUCAUAUUCAUCUUCAUCUUCAUCUUCAUCUUCAUCUUCAUCUUCAUCUUCAUCUUCAUCUUCAUCUUCAUCUUCAUCUUCAUCUUCAUCUUCAUCUUCAUCUUCAUCUUCAUCUUCAUCUUCAUCUUCAUCUUCAUCUUCAUCUUCAUCUUCAUCUUCAUCUUCAUCUUUAUCUUCAUCUUCAUCUUCAUCUUCAUCUUCAUCUUCAUCUUCAUCUUCAUAUUCAUCUUCAUCUUCAUUUUCAUCUUCAUCUUCAUCUUCAUUUCCAUCCUCAUCUUCAUCUUCAUCUUCAUCUUCAUCUUCAUCUUCAUCUUCAUCUUCAUCUUCAUCUUCAUCUUCAUUUCCAUCCUCAUCUUCUUCUUCAUCUUCAUCUUCAUCUUCAUCUUCAUCUUCAUCUUCAUCUUCAUCUUCAUCUUCAUCUUCAUCUUCAUCUUCAUCUUCAUCUUCAUCUUCAUCUUCAUCUUCAUCUUCAUCUUCAUCUUCAUCUUCAUCUUCAUCUUCAUCUUCAUCUUCAUCUUCAUCUUCAUCUUCAUCUUCAUCUUCAUCUUCAUCUUCAUCUUCAUCUUCAUCUUCAUCUUCAUCUUCAACUUUAUCUUCAUCUUCAUCUUCAUCUUCAACUUUACCUUCAUCUUCAUCUUCAUCCUCAUCCUCAUCUUAAUCCUCAUCCUCAUCCUCAUCCUCAUCCUCAUCCUCAUCCUCAUCCUCAUCCUCAUCCUCAUCCUCAUCCUCAUCCUCAUCCUCAUCCUCAUCCUCAUCCUCAUCCUCAUCCUCAUCCUCAUCC